AUGCAAAUCUUUAGUACUCUCGUUCCGAGCCUGGGUCUUUUGGCCCAGCUCAGCGCGGCUGCUUAUACAUUGAAAGACGACUACGGCACCUCUGACACGUUCUUUGACAAGUUCAACUUCUUCACGGACUCGGACCCCACCAAUGGUUACGUGAGCUACCUCGACCGAUCGAGUGCUAGCAGCGGCGGUCUCAUCAAGUCCGGCAACUCCGUUUAUGUUGGCGUCGAUACCGUGAACACCGCGAGCAGUCCUGGCCGAUCGAGUGUGCGUUUGGAAAGCACCAACACCUACACACAUGGUCUGGUGAUUUUGGAUCUGAACCACAUGCCCGGCAGCGUUUGUGGCACCUGGCCUGCUUUUUGGAUGCUCGGCUCCGACUGGCCUAGCAAUGGCGAGAUUGACAUCAUUGAGGGUGUCAAUGAUCAGUCGGUCAACCAGAUGACUUUGCAUACCAGCGAUGGUUGCUCGAUCAACAACUCCGGUUUCAGCGGUUCCGUCCAAACCAGCGACUGCUACGUCAAGGCUACCGAACAGUCUGAAAAUGCUGGCUGUGCUAUCACUAGCUCCAGCACCAGCUCCUACGGGGACGGAUUCAAUAACCAAGGCGGCGGUGUUUACGCUACUGAGUGGACCGGUGAUGCCAUCAGUGUUUGGAUCUUCCCCAACUCGAGUAUUCCCUCCGAUAUCUCCAGCGGUAGCCCCGACCCAUCUGGCUGGGGUACCCCUUCGGCCAAGUUUGCCGGCAACUGUGAUAUCGACUCUCACUUCAACAACCUCCAGAUUGUCUUCGACAUUACCUUCUGUGGUGACUGGGCUGGCGAUACUUGGUCUUCUGGCACCUGCGCAUCCAAGGCUGACACAUGCAUCGAUUACGUGCAAAACAACCCUUCCGCAUUCGACGAGACUUACUGGGGCAUCAACUCCCUCAAGGUUUACCAGGACAGCAGCAGCUCCUCCAAGCGCGAAAUCCACCCGCACGCUGCUGCCCACGUUCGCCGAGGCGCCAACGAGCCCAUCUCCGACCCCAAUGUCCGCCGUGAUCCUUCCGACGUUCGUCCCGCGCCCCGUCCGACCUGGAAGCACCGCCGCAGCGGCUACAAGCACGGCCACGGCCACGGCCAGUAA